CAGCCCGUGAGAGCUCCGCGAUUUGCCGCGUGCUGCCUUGUCUCGCUGCGGCUGGAGCCCCGCGCGCCCCUGCCCGUCUCCGGGGCACAUGGCCUGGCUGAUGGCAGCGCUCUCGGUGGGCACCGCUUUGAACGUCAGCAGUUCUUCUUCUGCUAUGGCUGAGCCAAAGUCAGUGUGUGUCUCAGUGGAUGAGGUGGUCUCAAGUGGCAUAGAUAACCAAGAUGCUCGGUUGUUGAAUGGACACUUAAAAAAGGUGGACAACACUCUAACAGAAGCCCAUCGUUUCUCCUACCUACCCCGAAGACCAGCUGUGAACAUUGAGUUUAAGGAACUGUCAUAUUCUAUCCAGGAAGGACCAUGGUGGAGGAAGAAGGGUUACAAGACCCUUUUGAAAGGAAUUUCAGGGAAGUUCAGCAGUGGAGAACUUGUUGCAAUUAUGGGUCCUUCUGGGGCUGGGAAAUCAACACUCAUGAAUAUCCUGGCAGGGUACAGAGAGACUGGGAUGAAAGGAGCGAUCUUCAUUAACGGGCAGCCUCGUGACCUGCGCUCUUUUCGCAAAGUGUCCUGUUACAUCAUGCAAGAUGACAUGCUGCUCCCUCAUCUUACUGUCCAAGAAGCUAUGAUGGUGUCUGCUCAUCUGAAACUUCAAGAGAAGGAUGAAGGCAGAAAGGAGAUGGUAAAGGAGAUCUUGACAGCGCUGGGUUUGCUGACAUGUGCCAAUACAAGAACUGGAAGUCUUUCUGGGGGCCAGAGGAAGCGUCUUGCAAUUGCUUUGGAGCUGGUGAACAACCCGCCAGUUAUGUUUUUUGAUGAACCUACCAGUGGCUUGGACAGUGCAUCUUGCUUUCAGGUUGUCUCUCUCAUGAAAGCAUUAGCCCAGGGUGGCAGGUCCAUCAUCUGCACUAUUCAUCAACCAAGUGCCAAACUGUUUGAGUUAUUUGAUCAGCUCUAUGUUUUAAGUCAAGGACAAUGUAUUUACCGUGGGAAAGUGUUGAACCUUGUCCCUUAUCUGAGAGAUUUGGGUUUAAACUGUCCAACAUACCACAAUCCAGCAGAUUUUGUGAUGGAGGUUGCAUCUGGUGAAUACGGGGACCAGAAUAGUCAGCUGGUCAGAGCAGCACGGGAAGGGAUGUGUGACACAGACUACAAGAGAGAUGCUGGUGGCGAGAAUGAACUGAACCCCUUCUUAUGGCACCGACCCUCUGAAGAGGACUCUUCAUCCACAGAAGGCUGUCACAGCUUCUCAGCCAGCUGCCUCACCCAGUUCUGCAUCCUCUUUAAAAGAACUUUUCUUACCAUCAUGAGGGAUUCGGUCCUGACACAUUUGCGGAUCACAUCACACAUUGGAAUUGGACUUCUUAUAGGCUUACUAUAUUUAGGGAUUGGAAAUGAAGCUAAGAAAGUCUUAAGCAACUCUGGCUUCCUCUUUUUUUCCAUGUUAUUCCUUAUGUUUGCUGCUCUCAUGCCAACUGUCCUUACAUUUCCUCUUGAGAUGGGUGUAUUUCUCAGAGAGCAUCUGAACUACUGGUACAGUCUGAAGGCCUACUAUCUAGCUAAAACCAUGGCUGAUGUCCCUUUUCAGAUUAUGUUUCCUGUGGCAUAUUGCAGCAUCGUGUAUUGGAUGACUUCACAGCCAUCAGAUGCACUCCGAUUUGUCCUAUUCGCGGCCUUGGGGACAAUGACAUCGCUGGUAGCUCAGUCAUUAGGUCUUCUGAUAGGUGCAGCCUCCACAUCGCUUCAGGUGGCAACAUUCGUGGGUCCGGUUACAGCCAUCCCAGUCCUCCUUUUCUCAGGAUUCUUUGUCAGCUUUGAUACCAUUCCCGCAUAUCUCCAAUGGAUGUCCUACAUCUCAUAUGUCAGGUAUGGGUUUGAGGGCGUUAUUCUCUCCAUCUAUGGGUUGGAUCGAGAAGAUCUUCACUGCGACAAAGAUGAUACUUGCCACUUUCAAAAAUCAGCGGCCAUCCUGAGAGAACUGGAUGUAGAAAAUGCCAAACUUUACCUGGACUUCAUUGUGCUUGGAAUUUUCUUCUUCUCUCUGCGUCUUAUUGCCUAUUUUGUUCUCAGAUACAAAAUCCAAGCAGAGAGGUAAAGGAAAAACAAACAAAACUAUCCAAUAGGAAGAGCUCUAGACGUGCAGUAGAGGGCACUUAUUAUUGUCUCAUCGUGGGAGGCUGGUGUCCAGUGCCCAGUUACAGAUGCUGUUAUGCUCCAGCCCAUAGAGAGCCGUAUUGGGUUAGUGGAUGUGUAGUGUUAAGCUAAUCAGUCCAGUUGGAUUGGGUCACAUUUUCAUUACACUUCUAGCUUUAAUUAGGAAGAAAAAAAUAGAAGGAAAUUUUGAAUGUAGAGUUUCAACUGUGAAACAGUGUAACUGCAACAAAAACUGGUUUCAGGAACUUUCCUUUACGAAAACCAUCUCUGUGAUAAGACGAUGUUUGCCCUGAUAGCCAGAGUUGUACAAUGACAUCUUUACGUGGCUGGUGAUUAUUAAUCAACAGUCAGUCAAGUACCAAGUGGAGGGAUGCAAAGAAAGUAGUAUUAUCACUUCAUUUUAAAUUCAGAGUGUCAUCUUUGAAAUUUUUUAAUGUAUCACUUUGGAUCUCUCUUCCACAAGGAUUUUCCAUCCAAACCCAAGUCUGUUAGCUUACUGAUUCUCAAGAAAAGAUGUCCAUUUUUAAUAGAGAUGGAUAAUAUGUAAAAAAAAAAAAAAAUCCUAGUGAUACCCUAUCUAAAUUUAGAAUUCUGGUGCUUUACUUGAUGACAUGGUCUCAGACUCAGAAAUUGUAAUACUAAGGAAAAAAGACAAAAUCAGAGUCAGAACUGUAAACCUGUGAUUCCCAUGUAAAAAAAUAUGGAGCACAGAUAGUCAGGAAUAUUUAAGCUGUCCACAGAUGAUUGCUUUAUUUUUUUUAAAAAUCUGUUUUUGCAAUGUCUUUUAAACCCACCUUAUAUGUGAUAGUUAAAAUGCUAAUUGUGUUCAUUAUCCACAUGAACUACCUCCUGUGAAUGCAAAAGCAAAGAGCUCCAAGGCUGUUUUCUUUUGUAAUGACAUCUAGAAGAUUUUAGCAGUCUAUUGGUUUCUUUGUUUAUCUAGCCCAGAUCUGUGUGGAUAUGGUUUGUAUCAUUAUACUUUUGGUCAUAUAUGCAGCAAUUCAAACAUUAAAUGCUUCCAAUAUUUCCUUUUGGCUGAAGCUAGAAUAUAGUUAAAGAAACCCUGCAAACCAGGAUAGCUGGUUAAAUGCUCUCUGUGAGAUAGUGAACAUUUGUGUCUGAGUUACUGUCAUGGUGUGCUUUCCUCACUGCCUCCGUCUGUGCACAUCUCGGGAUUAGACUCCCCUUCCUGCUGUUGCACUGCAUCCUCUCUCUGUGUUUCUGUGUCCUGGGUUGGAAACUGCUCCUGCUUCAUGGCUUGGUCCUCCAACCAGGUCAAUGUAGUCUUCCCCUACUAGGGUAUCAGAGUCUCUCAGGACCUGCUGUCCCCUGCAGUCUUCCCACUCACUGCCCCUUAAUGGCGCCACUUCCCCAGUAGCUGGUAGGGGAACCCAGGCCCAUCCUCUAUACUGAGUUCCAGCCCAGGGAACCUACAACAAGCAGUUAAGGUCUGCAUAGUCCUAAAACUUACUGUUGUAUCCCUGGGCUACUUCCUGCCUUGCCUGCUUUCACUCUCAGAGUGACUGCAUCCUCCCUCUCCCUCUCUCUCUCUCUGCAGCCCCUACCUAUUCUCAGCUGCUGGGCUUUAUGCAGGCCCUCCUGUUCCUUCCUGCUGGGCCUGGUCUCUAAUUAGUCCCUGCUCCCUGGCUCCUCCAUUUGCAGCCUAGGCAGUUAAUUGGCCCAUCUGGCCACCUUAACCCCUUCAGGCCUUGCAUAGGGAGGACACCCGAUCAUGGUACUCUAUGUAGGAGACUGGUGUGUGGGUCUACAGUUUUACAUCAGUCUGUGUGACUACAGAAAUGAACCCUGUACUGAUCACCACCAUGUUUUCAUUUAGAAAAAGGUGUGAUGGUGUAGGGUGACCCAUUCUGUCCUGAUUGUUCUCACAAAAGAAAGAGUUUCUCUGCUACCCCAUGUGCUCCAUGUUAGAUGGAUCCAUUCCAUUCUAAUGAGGUUCUUAUAAACUCAAUUCCAGCAAAGCACUUAAGUACAUACUUAACUUUACACUUGUGAGUUGUUCUUUGACUUCUGGAACUACUCAUGUCUUUAAAGUGGAGCACUUGUUUGAAAGCUUUACUGGAUCAGGGCCAUACUGCCCAGAAAACUGACAUGUCUCCUUUUUGCAUUGGCUCAAAGGUUAUGGUGAAGAGUGUAUUUGUUAUAUCAAAGGCCUGGUCUACACUUAUAGUUUAGGUCAAUAUAGCGGUGUUGCUCAAGGGUGAGAAAAAUCCAUGCCAGAGCUAUGCCAACCUAACCCCAAGUGUAGCUGCAACUAAGCUGAUGGAAGUAUGCUUCUGCUGACAUAGCUACCAUCACUCAGAGAGGUGGUGUUUCUACAACGACAGGAAAACUCCUUCAUAGAAUCUCAGGGCUGGAAGGGACCUCAGGAAGUCAUCUAGUCCAACCUCCUGCUCAAAGCAGGACCAAUCCCCAGACAGAUUUUUACCCCAUUUCCCUAAAUGGCCCCCUCAAAGGUUGAACUCGCAACCCUGGGUUUAACAAGCCAGUGCUCAAACCACUGAGCUAUCCUCCACCCUGAUUGAUAUAGGCUGCAUCUACAUUACAGGAUUACGCCAGCACAGCUACAGUGUUGUAGCUAUGCCAUUAUCAUCCCUGUAGUGUAGACAUGGCCUUUGUGUAAUGUAUUCAUUCCCCAGUGACCCUGACUAAAUAGGAAAUAACCUUUUAAGCUCUUUAUUACAAUGCAAAGUGUUCUCCUGGGGGUGAGAAGGAAGAGAGAAACUGACCACCCCACAGAAGAAGGUAUAUUUUUUCUAUGUGCUCACUGUUAAACAGAUACUACUGUUAGUGGCAUAAUUUUGCUAAGCAAAAAAUGAUUGUAUAGUUAUAUUUUUCUCUCUGUAUAACAAGUGCAAAUCCAGAACUGCUGUUCAGUUCUAAAAAAUAAAUGGUUAGUAUUUACAGCCAUAAGUAUGGUGGAAUAAUAGAAUUAUAUUUAAAUGUACUGUGUUAAUUCUAUUUCCCUCUUCUCUCCUGGCCUAAGGCCCUUGUAUUCAGGAACCGUACAGGGCUCAAGAGGAGAGUUCAGGCUCAUAAACUUGUAAACACGACCUCUGCUGAAAAUCCUUGUGAAGGGGAUGCAACCCCCAGGUGGCCUAACAAACAUGUGCCUCCUUUUUUCAAUUCACUGAGCUCUCCUCUCCUCAACAUUGCCGUUUGCUCACCCCCCUGAAAUUGCAGAUAAAUACAAUGGACUCGAAUUGGAUAAAUCAAGAGGACACUUCCAGCACUAGGAUCUAUGAAAGUGGCUAACUCAGUGGGUUGAAGUUAGUCCUUUUGAGGCUUUGCAAGAUGACAGGGCUUCAUGUGUGGGGUUUGACCUUAAGCCCAUUGAUACCAAUGGAAAUGGUGACUACCAUUGACUUUAACUGCAGUUGGAUCAGGCUCUUAUUCAGGAAGUGUUAUUUUAGUGAGUCCCAACUUUUUCAGAUAAUUGGAUUUGUUCACAAGGGUUAAGCUGUGCUAGUCAGUACUUGACACCUCCCAUUUGCAGAAUUUGAUAUCCCAGUCUGGCAACUGGGGCCCUGAUUCAGUGUGUUCUUAAAUCCAUCCCUGUUCAGGGAAGCAUUUAAACACAUUUUUCAGCCCUAUUGACUUCAGUGGGAUUUAAAGAUACACUUAAGUGCUUUCCUAAGCAGGAAUGCUUUCCUGAAUUGAGACUUGCCUUUUGUUCAGUCCAUGCUUUUGGAGUUAGCAUGAACACAAAUAGCUGGGUGGUGAACAAUGGAAUUGGCAGUUCACUGGAGCAAGAGCAGAAGCCGGUUCUUAAUGCAUGUAGCAAGAGCCUAGAGUUCCAGUCCCAAAGAUCCAGCACUAAUAUUUGUACUGGUAGUUAGGGACCACAAUGAAAAUUAUUUCCAUGCUGCUUUUAGCCACUGUCUACACUGAUUUUGCCAAUUAAAUGUGAAUAUUUUUAUUUUAAAUUUUAACAUUGACAUAGUCUUUUCCUGACAGCAAUUGUUUAGCUCUGUUUCUUUUGCAGCCCUUUACUUAAAUCUCAUUAGUGAAUUAUUUGAACAUCAUGUUUGUCUCUGAUUCUGCUUAUAUGUUGGCUAAAAGGGGCAGCAACCUUACCUACCGCUGCAUGGAGCCUUGCAUGAGAUGUUAAAUCUUAUUAUCAUAACACAGCAAACAUAGGGCUUGAUCUUGCCUUCACUGCACCCCCAGCACUUCCAUGGCCUCAUUUUGAAGUUUUGUUUUGUUUCACUCUGACCUGCUGUUUUAUGGUGUCUGUGUCUUAACCCCCUUGGCACAAGCGAUGGGGACAUUAAGCCCUAAUGCAUUUUACAUUGACCUUGUAUAUUGACAAAUCCUGACUCAAUGCUCCCUAUACCCACUGGCAGCAGGAAAACAAAGAUUAUAUGUGUGCUAUGGAGCCUUGACCUAUCAGCUGUUUGCUCCGCUGUAUGUACAUCUGUUGCACUCUCAUA